GCUUCCAAGUUGCUCUCGAUCUUCACUCUCAAUAAUACUCUCGCUCAUAUUCUCAUCCACACUUCUUUCUCCCAAGCCAACCCCGGUCAAAACCAUCUCAUUUGACAUGGCUCCCAAAUGUUGCAAGGACUACUUCUCAUGCUCCGGAACCAAAGUCUUCCUCGCUCUGGUCACCCGUGUCAUGUUCGUCGUCCACAACGUGACGUCCGUUUCCAGGGCGGUCAUCGUGGAAAACGACCGUCGACUGUGGCUCCUUGCCCUGACCAUCAUCGGGCUCGUUCUCGAGACCAUCUUCACCAUCGCGAAGAACAAAGGAGAGGAGUGGAAGUGGUUCUGCCCUAGUGUUUUAUUUUUUCUUGCUGGGUCUGUGCCAUCCAUUUGGAUCUUGGAGUUUGAUUUGCUGAGACGAAGGGAAGUUCCUGUAGUGAUGCGUGAUAAACAAUACAUUGACGCCCUCAAUAAGGCAAGAACUUGGGUGUUAGCGCUGGAGCAACUGCUUUUGUUUGUCUUGAUUGUUGGUCGUUGGCUACUCCCGAAGGGUGAGAUCACAAGAGACCAACUGUCCCAACUGCUCCUAGUCUACAUCGCCACUGCUGCUGAUAUCAUCGAGUUCUUUGACAGCUUUAAUUCGGACGAAUCCCCCUACAACAAAGAACUGAUCACAGCCGUGCUGACUCUCUGGUCCUGGAGCCUUGUCCAGUUCACCCUCGUCUUAACAUCCACCAGGGGAUCGCCAGAGUAUUGCCUUCCGGUGAAACAUACAGAACCUUUGGUCCUUGACGAAACGGCCGUCAACAAGUGGCGAAGACUUGCGAAGAUGCGCAGGGUCGUGAUGCAUACUCGGGUACCCUGGCCAUGGGGGCGGUUUGGACAGGUGAUGCCUUUGCCGAAUCCUCCAGGGAAGAACCGAAUAAUCCCGGUGCGACCAGAGGAUGAGGACAAGGUGUACCCUUACAAUCGAUGUGCGUGUCUUGAAUCUGAGAUCUGGGCUGUGAUGGUUGGGCUCUGCCUCCAGGAUGGACCCUUUCUAAUCCUUCGUCUCAUCCUCAUCUCCCAUUAUAAGAUCUUCACACAUCUUAGCCUCUUCUUUACUAGCAAGAAUGCGUUGGUCUUGAUGUUGCAGCUUUAUCGCUUGAUCGUCGUACACCAGGAGAAGGUAGCCGCAGACAACCAGAGGAAACUGGAUCUUCUAAAGGCCCAAGAAGAUGAAGAGCGGCGGUCUCAUGUUGAAGUGGGAGAAACCGAGAUGAAUGACCCAUAUGAUGUUGAGCAAUUUAGGGAAGCGAUUCAAGAUUUGUACUAUCGAUAGUUAGACGUUCAUCAUAGAAAAUAAGUUAUAUUUAUCUAUCACAAUCCUAUAAGUGCCAUAAUACGUCAUGUUCAUUCUUAACAUAAUGGUGUGAGAAAAGACUAUGAUGAUAUCACUCGAAAUUAUUUUUCACAUUAUCAUAUCAUUUGUGUGUGUGUGUUUUUUACUCUAAUUUUAAAUAGUAUUGCCCAAAGUGUAGAUCUCAUCAAUCCAUGAAACGGGAGUAUUGUGAAUAUUCCAUUUCACGUUUAGAACAUCUGCCGCUCGUGCUUUUCUUCCACAUUUUGAAACUUGCAACCAACGCAAUGCGUUUUACCUACAUUUAUAGUGCUGGAUACGUUAAUCAUGUUAUUUAUUAUUUCGCACUGUCAAUUUACCGGUCACUUGAAACAAUAGAACUUUGUAACCUGUGAUACACUUGUUUCGAAAUAUGUUAGUAGUAUACAGGGCCAAUGUUACUGCCUAAUCCUGCUAUAGCUUCUCCUUUAAAUAUUUUACAGAAGUUUUCCUUACGAGAUGGUUCACCAAUAUCUUUGUCAAUUUGAUUCUAAUGGAAAAUCCGUCGGAUUAGUUCACCAUGAAGAGAAAGUAAUGUCGGCAAACUCGGCAUCUAUUAAAGAAACUUAUAAAAUUAAACAUCGCUUACGAAAGAUGUAGUUUGCAUCGUAGUCUUUAAAAAAGGGGUCAUUGUACUAUCAGGGGCUGCGGAACCGUGGAAGGGGCUGGAGGGGCUCAGCCUACCCCUACUUUUUUUUUCUAAAUCCGCAUACAAAACGUGCAAAUGACUGUGAUUUUUUUGCAUGGUCACCCCCCCCCCCCCCCCCACACCGUCCCACAUUCAAAACCAUUCCGCGGCCCUUGAUUACGCCAUCACAUGGUUUUUAUCGGAUUGUUCAAAACUUCUCGCCUCGUCGCUCCACAUCUAGCUUGAUUUUAUCAAAUAAGUAUAUUGUAUAUUAAGAGACAAUUUAGAUACAGUUUUCUUAUACGAUUCAAAUAUUUCUAUAAUCUUCCACGAAUAUUAGCCAACCCUUCCUCUUCCUCCUUCAUGUCUUUGUCUGUUUUUUUUUCUUACUCAGUCUUUUCUCUCUGUGCGUUUUCAUCUUAUUUAUGUCAGCCAUUCUCUCUUGUUUACCGUCUUUUAUUCUUUUACUUUCUUUCUUUCUUUAUUGCUUUCUUCAAAUAAUAAAUAAUAAUAAUAAUUAACAUUUAUAUAGCGCUUAAUACAACAGUUUCUAAGCGCAUUGGAAAGAGAGAAAAAAAAGAAGUAACAAAAUACAGUGAGAGAGAACAGGAUAAGGAAUUAAGAGGACUGCUUAAUGAGGUAAGAUUUGAGGAGUGUUUUAAAAGAUUCGACAGUGGAUGCAUUACGGAUGGAGAUGGGGAGAUUGUUUCAUUAGUUCUAUCCUUUUCACUUCUAAUUCAUUAUUUCCAUGGUAUUCUUGUAUUUCAUUUCAUUCAUUUUUUGUUCGAUAUUUCCAUUUGGUUCUUUAUUUUAACCUUCCUUAUUUUUAUUUGCACUCCAUCUGUCUAUUCCCUUUCCCUUUUUUCUGCCUUCCUCUCCUUUCGUUAUUAUUUCAUUUACCAAUUAAUUAAUCCUCUUAGGCCAGUUAUUCAUUUCUCACAUCAUCUUAAUUUCUCACACUAUCAUCUCCCCAUGUUUGCACUUCCAUCCAUUCUUACAUUUUAAAAUCAAACCUUUUAAUAAUCUUAUCUUUCUUCCAACAGUACAAUACAAUCACAUGCAGUUCAUUGUUAUUUGCAAGGUUUUCAUGUUUAUUGUGCCAAAUACAUAAAAAAACAAUCGGUUGUCAACGAUUUCCUUAUUUUGCCAAUAAAGAUAACAAUACUUAGAAUUACAGU